AUGGAAGUCUCGAGUCUUCUGACCGAUGAUUCGACCUAUCAGACAAGAUCAUCAGAAUUCAACAAACCUGCGUUACAACCUUCCCAGGCCCACCAUAACAGCUUCGGCAGCCAUCGAGCGCAGCUGAAAGACGAGCCAAAGCCAACAAACCUGCAGAGCUCUGUCACAAACAACAAGCCCAUCUAUCCGAAGACAAUGGACGUGAUGAAUCCAGUCAGCCCAACCACGCUGAAGCAGUCAACGGCCACCCCGCCAAAGAAGGUCUCCUUCGAAUUACUGCUCGACGAGACAACGAAGACCAGAGCAAGAAUCCCCAUGCGCGUGGUGAUCAAUCCGCAUGAUACAACAGAUUCAAUCAUUGCGACCGUGAAAAAUUGGUACGGAAUAUACGAAGGCCACGGCGUCAGUUUUGAAGAUACACAUGGGAACACAUUGAUCGCACGCUACGAGAAUGUAAGGCACGAUAUGGUGAUAUACGUACGCAUCAUCCCUGGCCAGCCAUAUCCUUCGUCAGCACCACCAUAUCCACAACAAUAUGGUGCAAUCCUUCCAGAGCCACAACGACGACUGAGCUUAGGUGAGCCCUUUCAAAUGCCUCCACCUCACCCUACCCUGGACCACACUCAGGCGCCUUCUCGUCCUACGUCUCGACUUGCUCGGAAGAGGAGCGCGUCGCCUCCCGAUGCUGGCAGGGGCAGAAGCAUCUCACAGCAGAAAAGAGGUUCUAGAUCGGAGCUCCGGAGCCGUAAUUCGAGCACACAUGGCAGCCACAAUGACGACGUAAUAAAUGGGUAUAGUGACAGUGAUGGCGGGCAAAGCUCCAUAACUGGUUCUCGAAAAGCAAGAAGCGAACAAUUUGUAAGCGCAGAGAUUAGUCUCGAGAACGUUUUGCAAGAUGGGCGAAGAAACAGACCAAAAUUCGACAGCUCUGAAUUACCUCUCUUCGUGCCUCCCCAAGUACCUUUGACGACGUCUCAGUCGUCUAUAUCUCCUCAACGUCGAAUCGGUGGCCAAGCUGCUCCUUCUCCAUUCGCCUUGCCUUCGCAGAAGCUCUUCCAUCACAAUUUUCAGGCCCUACCAUCCCCGCAGGGAUCGAACGAAGAAAGGCGUGCAGCCCGGCAAGACAAUCGCCGUCCGCCACCAUCGACCAAACCACCUCAACAUGGUCAUCGUCUUCGUAAUCGAGGCGGGGCACAAAAUGCUUCGCGCACAAGAGCGGGAAACACUAGUCAGGGGAUCUUGCCUACCCCGGACCCUACUAUUGCAAGCUGCAUUUCCGAUGAAGACGUGGCUCGCCAAUUGAUCGCCCUCGGUGAUGCUUCCAACUUCUCCCUCGGCCGUACCUCCGCUUCUACUCUGGAUGAUGCUUUCAGUGGAGUAGCUGAUGUCGCGUCCUCGACCGGUGCCACUAGCGACAGUGAUGAGUAUAGCGACCAUGACAUGGACCUGCCCAAACCACGUCGAGCAAGGACUUACAGCACCGAUGAUGGUGCAGAUGACGACUAUCACCAUGAUAAAAUUAUCAAGAGCGAGGAGUUUGAUGUCAGCGACGGUCCGCCAAAAGCCAAGAAGAUCAAAACGAAGAUAUUCGAUGGUUCCUCACAGGGUAUCAGACCGAAAUCGAGUAUUGCCCGAUCGGGACCCACUGCGAAGAGUCGGCCAAAUCCUUUGCCGAAAACAUCCAAGUCUCCAGCGAAUCCUGUUCUGAUGAAGGCCCCUACUGCUCCGGCCGGCAGCCCUGUGCGAAAAACUUCCGCCUCGAUGCUCAACUUCCAACAUCAGCUCGCAGCUGACGAAGAAGAUUUGUCUUCCAAGCCUCGAUGCCAACGGUGCCGAAAAAGCAAGAAAGGAUGUGACCGGCAGCGCCCCUGCCAGCGAUGUAAAGAUGCCGGCAUUGGAGUCGAAGGCUGCAUUAGUGAGGACGAAGGCAAUGGUAGGAAGGGACGGUACGGACGUCACAUGGGUGUGGUUGUCAAGAAAUCCGCUGAAGAACUGGCCGAGGAGGAUAGAUCUCGAACUGCCGGAGCUGUCGCACACGGCCAAGCCAGUGCUGAAGUAAGUUCUGACAAAAGCAAGAAGAGGAAGAGAUGA